CGUUCAAAGAUGCAGGCUGCCGAGAUGCUGCGUGGUACCAGGGCAUACGUCUACCAUCUUGUGUUCCUAAUAUCCCUCUCUGUUGAUUAUGUCCAUCCAUUACCACUCCAAGUAUUACCUAGCAUCCCGGGUUAUAUCCCUGUUUAUAUAAGGUACGGGGAUCAGCCAUUGGAGGAAAUAAAUCCCGCAUUAGCAGAGGCGUUUCGCGAAGGAUCGAGCUUACCUAAGGUCAACUUAGCUAAUAUCGACGGACCCAGUGAUAUAAGCCUCGAAGAAGACGGAGCGGACAAAAACAAAGUGGAGGCUAUACACGUCAGACAGGUGGAUAAUAAUUUCGCUACGGAAGACGAGAAGGAUAAGGAACCGGCAGAAGUAUCGUCAGAUACAGAAACAUCGAAACGGAAAACAGUCUCUCAACCAGUGGUCAAAGUUCUUCCAUUGACCGAAGAAGAAAAAGACGCUCUGGAUAAAUUCAAAAUCGAAAUCAAAGAGGAGACGAAGAAUUCGAACAGUGUGCACGAUUCGAGUUCGAAUCCGUCUGAAUUGUUGGACGAGCCACAUCGCGAGGACGUACGACCGUUUAGUCCGGUUGUGAAAGUCGAUCAAAUCAUUACCGACGAAUCAGUCAAACCGGAUCUUCACCUAAUCGAGAAUGUGCCGCAUUCUUCCACGGACGAGGGUGCCCCAGCGUCCACACUUACAGACGAAAUACUACCUGUUAAGGAACAACGUCUUCCGAACGUUCUAUCCAACGUUCACAAACUGGCCAUCUCUCCCGAACUGUCUCACCAAUUUGAGAAGGAACGGAUAGAGAAUCAAUCCUUAGACGAGAAAUCAAAAUGAAACGCACACUUCAUAGUGAGAUUUAUUUAAUAUGUAGUAAUACGGAUAAUCUACAAUUUUGUGAUAAAUACUUGUUUAAUAGAUCUUA